GGGGAAGAACCGCUGUCGAGGCUCCGCACGCGGGCUGUCCGAUGGAAGCUCUGGGCCACGGGCAGCACGGGCCGGCGGUGCGCCGGGCAUCCCCACGCGGCUCUCGGCCGGGCUGGGUCGGCUUCUCGGGCUGUGGCGGUUUUCUAUUGUUGAACUCCGUUGAACAUGGCAGCUCGGGGAGCUCCGCGGAACGCGGGCUGCAUUCAGUUCGCGUUUCGUUCGAAAGAAGUCAUUUCUGCUCUCUGCGGAGGCUUCAGUUAGAGCGGGCCAAAUGACAGGGAUAAUUAAGGCGAGCGGUGGGAUACCGGCGGAGCGCUUCGGCGUUUCCACCGAGGAUUUGGCAAAUCCGAGCUCGAUUAAUCUGUUUAAACAUCUGUGCAUCCUCCCGGCCGCGCGACCGAGCCCGGCUCCCUCCUCCUCCUCCUCCUCCUCCCCCGCCGCGGUUCGGGGCCACCGCAGCCCCCGCCGCCCGCCCCGCUCCUCGCCAUUCCGCUCACGGCCGCGCUCCGUGCGGAACCGCAAGGCCGAACCCGCGGGUCGGAGCGGGGCCGGAGCGCGGCGGCGCCGCGUGGCCGCGCAUCGCCGCGCCGCCCCCCGGCCCCGCUGUCCCCCCGCUGUCCCCCACUUGUCGAGGCGGCCGGCUCCGGCUCGCCUCUCCUUGACGUCAUGUCUGUGCCGAGGCUCCGGCGGGCGCGGUGACGGCACGGAGCGCGUUAAACUUUGCGAGCGAGCGGCCGGCCCGGCGGCUGGCAGAGCGGUGCGCGGGGGGCUGCGCGCCGCCGCCGCAGCUGGAACAUCUGGAAGCGUUCAGUGCGGCCGUGGCGGCGGAGAGAGGCGGCAGCGGGGAGCGAGCGCUGAGGGAGGGGAGGGAGUGAGGGGCUGGGACUGGGCUCUCUUCCUCUGCAGAAACAGCUCCCUGCCAGCACAACGCGCUCCGAAUGGCUUUGAAGAGGAGGAGCAGAAGCGUUUGAACAUCUUUUUUUUUUUUUUUUCUUUUUUCCUCCUCCUUUUCUUGCUCUUGUAGUUGGUGGAUUUUAAAGAGACGUUUAACCCUCCGUGGUUUGCCCUGGAUGCUUUUGCUUUUCGCCGUUCUUCCUUUUCCUUUUUUUUUUUUUU